GUGAACCGUUGGUGCUCUUCGCUCAUACCGGAGAGAUUAACAGCAGAGGGACACUGAUCAGUCUGACUCCAUGUAGCUGUGUGACUCUAAAACACUAAAAGGCAAAAUUUCUCUUUCGUUUCUUUCUUUUCAAGUUAUGUGGCUAAAAUGAUGUGAGGAUGGCCAAGCGACCGGGGACUGACGACGGGAUGCUGACUUCGCCGACCAUUCUCCGGGAUUUCGCCGCGGAUUUGAACACCGGGGAUAUGAACGUGGACUGCAGCGACGGAGCCGAGGAGGUCUCCUUGGAAGAAAUCCUGACUCUGUACAGCCAACCGAUAAACGAGGAACAGGCGUGGGCAGUUUGCUAUCAGUGCUGUCGGACUUUAGCGCAGAGGCAUCGGAGGAAAAGCUCCAAGUCUGACGGUGCCUCAGCUGUCGACUACCCGAGGAGGAUUGAGGGACCCGGGGAUGUCAGGAUCGGGAGAGACGGGACUGUCAAACUGCGCUUUGAAGACAGCACAGAUAAAUACAGAUCGGCCCCCACGUCAUCAUUAGAGGUUAUCGACUCACUGGGUGUCAUGAUCUACAAAGCUCUGGACUAUGGCCUCAAAGAAAACGAGGAACGGGAACUCAGCCCGCCGCUGGAGCGCCUGAUCGACGUGAUGACCAACAAUGAAGAAACUGAGAGUGACCCCUGUCCUGAUGAGGGCUACGAGGCCACCGAGGAGGAGGAGGAUGAGUGUGAGGAAGAGGAGGAGGAGGAAGAGGAGGUUGUCUCUGCUACCACCACCGGCACAGUCAGCAGCAUUCGCAGCUAUCGAGACAUCAUCAUGCUAUGUUCUUCCCACCUGCCCAGCCCAUCAGACGCUCCCAGUCAUUACCAGGCUGUGUGUCGUGCUCUCUAUGCCGAGACCAGGGAACUGCGGACCUUUCUGGAAAAGAUAAAGAGUGCCAAGGAGAACCUUCGGAAGAUGGAAGGUGAGACUCAGGGAGAACCGGUUAAAGACCUCAAUGAGCUUCAAAAUGCAGAUUGGGCACAGUUCUGGGUGCAGGUGAUGCGAGAUCUACGAAAUGGUGUCAAGUUGAAGAAGGUUCAGGAGCGACAGUACAACCCACUUCCCAUUGAAUACCAGCUCACACCCUAUGAAAUGCUGAUGGACGACAUCCGCUCCAAACGUUACAAACUUCGAAAAGUCAUGGUGAAUGGAGACAUCCCUCCAAGGCUAAAGAAGAGCGCACAUGAAAUUAUUCUCGAAUUCAUAAGAUCACGACCUCCUCUCAACCCGGUCUCAGCCCGUAAACUGAAACCCCACCCUCCCCGACCCCGGAGCCUCCACGAGCGACUGCUGGAGGACAUCAAAGCUGAAAGGAAGCUGAGGCCGGUCUCACCGGACAUGAUCCGCAGAAGCCGUCUGGGCGCAGGGAAAAGCAUCAGCACCCCUCAGGACUUGUUCCGAAGCUCAGACACUCCUGAUGCACCCAGGAAGUUGGCAGUCAGCACCCAGUCUCUGGCCAGUGGCACCGUGGGAUCCAGUCAAGGUGGAGUUCAGCCACUUAGCCAGAGGAAGAGGCUGCUCAGGGCGCCCACGCUGGCCGAGCUGGACAGCUCAGAAUCUGAUGAGGAGCCCACGCGGAGCAGCUCCAGUAUGUCCACGUCUUUGAUGGAGGACACGUCACCGGAGUCCGUCAUAGGGAAGAAGGCUCCUCCCAAGUUCCUGCCUAUGUCCGCCACCCCGCAGCCAGACAAACGUCAGUCUCCGCAGAGACGACACUCUAUCGAGAAGGAGGCCCCCACCAGUGUCCGCCCCUUCGUACCUCCAUCCAAACAAAGCUCCAAGUCUUUGCUUACGGCGGAUCCCAGCGCCAAGGUGGAAGCUGCCAGUGGUGCUCAGGGCACGGAGGAGUUCUGCUACCCGGUCGAGUGUCUGGCUCUGACGGUGGAGGAGGUGAUGCACAUCAGACAGGUUCUUGUCAAAGCUGAGUUGGAGAAGUUUCAGCAGUACAAAGACAUCUACAACGCCCUCAAGAAAGGAAAGCUUUGCUUUUCAUGUCGGACCAAGAGAUUCUCCCUCUUUACCUGGUCCUACACCUGUCAGUUCUGCAAAAGGCCCGUGUGUUCCCAGUGCUCUAAAAAGAUGCGGCUGCCAUCUAAGCCUUAUUCCACCUUGCCCAUCUACUCAUUGGGCCCCAGUGCUAUGGCUAAAGAAGAAGCAGGUGGGGUGUCUGCCCCAGCAGAGCCUGAAAAGCAGCCGUUUGGGUCUGGACACAGCCGACACAGCCUACGCAGAAGCGUUUACAAGUUGUCCAAGCACGGCAGCAGUAGCAGCAAAGAUGGCCGGUCACAGGACGAGCCAGAGCUGCCAAAGGAGCUGACAGAGGACUGGGUCACCAUGGAGGUUUGUGUAGACUGCAAAAAGUUCAUCACAGAGAUCAUCUCCUCCAGCAGGCGCAGCCUAUGUGUGGCCACAAAGCGUGCCCGUCUCAAUCGCAAAACCCAAUCCUUCUACAUGUCAUCGUCGAACUCGAUCAACUUCAGGCCCUCAGAGCGCACCAUCAAUGAGGUGUAGAAAGUAGGACCGCCCUGUGCACUUUUGUUCACGCUGAGCUUAUUCGCUCAAAAAAAAAAAAUUUAAAAAUAAUAAAUCCCCUCCCAGUCUAGUUUUGACAUGGACUGAUGUACUGGCAGUUUAUGUAAAUGGUGAUUUUCAAAAAAUCAGCGGCCAUGAAGCCAGUCCAUCCCACCCCCAAAGGUUGUAAAGGUUCUUAUACUUUACCCCCUCUCAGGAAAAGUUGGCAUGCUAUGAUUCGCCAUGACUAGUCAGGUCUCUGAAGUAGCUGCCAGAUAAUAAAGGAGAGCCAUGUUUCUGUCUGUGGCAGUGGGAUAUAUUGAGCUGCUGAUAUUGCUAUGGUAAACCAGGUAAGAGAAUGUAUAUUUGACGUAAGAGUGGGUUCAGAUGGUAAGGAAAGCCAAAAGUUGCAAUGAUUUCGUGUAAAUAGUAUCAAGGCCCAACCCUAAUCUUAGCUAUCAAGAUGUUUUCCAGUUCCUGUUUACUUUGAGAACUCAGGAAGAACAACCGAUUGUCUUUUUGACAGAAAUGCACUGUAGAUCCUCCUGUCAGGUCUGCUGGGGUAAAUCUCAGCCACUCUCCUGCCCCUCCUUUAUUCUUCCAGCAACAAUUAUGCCAAAUGUUACAUCAUUCAUUUUAUAGCCAGUUUAAAUGCAUAUUUACUGUUAUUACAUAACAUGUUGAGGGGGGAGAAAAGUCAGUUUAUUUUUCUGGGUGGGGUUUAGUGUUUAGUUAUAAUGUAUAUUCAAUUCUGUGCCUGGUGCCAAAAUGUAAUUUUUUUUUCUUUGAAUGCCUUUGUAGGACCUAUUGUACAUAUGUGUGAUAAACUCGAUGGGGGACAUUUUAGGGGUAAUCCGAAGCUUGGUUUCUUGCCCUUCCAUGUUCCAAGCUGGGCAGUAGAAGCACAGAAAUGUGGGUUAUGAAUGUGUACAUGCUGUAUAUCUUAAUUGUUCAAAAUUUAAAUUUAAUAUAAAAAACCUAACUAAGUAGAAGUAUAAUUUUGCCAUGUUUUAAGAUUUCUGCCUCUGGAGUUUCUUUAUUUGAAAUUCUCCUCUGAGACCUUUAUUAUUAGUGUUAUUAUGUUUGUGUCAGUGUAAUAGUAAAAUUUUAUUUCUAUUGUAUAGUUUAUGAACUCCUCAGUGUUAAGAUACUCCUCUAAAUCGCACUUUUAUCAGACCAAUUUAUUGUUUAUGUUGUUUUCUUUUUCAUAAUUAAUAAUAAUAAUUAAAAUCUUUUGUUUCCCAUCUCUUGGGGGUCCAUAGUGCCAUUUCCCGGGGUUCCUCAUGAAUGAAAAUGUGUGUGAAUGCCUUCAGAUUGUUUUUAAGGAAGAAUAAUGGCUUAAACAAAACAAAACACUCCACUGAAUUGAAUGUAGGCAUUUUUAAGUGUAUAACUUUAAUUGAAUAUAUUUUAUGAACAUUUUACCCUUUACAAAACAUAGUCUCACUCACAUACACAUGUACAUACACACAUAAACAUCUUACAUUCAUUUAGUGUGUUGUGUGACAGUUGUUACCAAAUGAACGCAAAGUCUAACCAGCCUGUCAAAGGAUGCCAUGUUCCAAUGAAAUAAUACAUCUGACCAGUUUUAUUUUGGACCUCUGUAAGGAAUGUGUGCAUGCUGUACUGUGAUCUGUUUGUUUUUAUCAAAGAAAUUAUAAUAAAAUCACCAUGAUUCUUACUUUUG